AUGCCUCAUAGCAUCAUUACAGAUAAUGGAAGUAAUUUUGAUUCCAAGGAAUUCCGCAAAUUCUGCGAUGAUGGUAAUAUCAAGCUUAAAUUUGCAUCGGUUGCACAUCCACAAACCAAUGGUCAGGUCGAAAGGAUAAAUGGUCUAAUAUGUGACGGCAUUAAAAAGCGUCUGACGAGCGCAGCUGGAGCUUGGGUCGAAGAAUUGCCAUCAGUGCUAUGGAGCCUGCGGACUACACCAAACAGGUCAACCAAGUAUACUCCGUUUUUCCUCGUGCACGGAGCCGAAGCUGUUUUGCCAGCCGAUGUUCGUUUUGAAGCUCCCCGAGUGACCGCGUACACAGAGGCAACUUCCAAUAUUGCACUACAAGAUGCUGUAGACCUUCUUGAUGAAGCUCGAGACAUUGCUUUGGCCAGGACGGCUGUAUAUCAACAAGCAAUUCGAAAUUACCAUAGUCGAAGAGUUCGCAACCGCGGUUUCAACAUUGGUGACAUGGUGUUACGACUGAAGCAAGAAAGAACUUUGAAACUUGAGUCUCCAUGGGAAGGACAGCUCAUAAUCACUGAAGUUAUACCAGGAGGAGCUUAUCGCCUCAAGAAUCCUGUUUCGGGCAAGGACGUUGACAAUCCAUGGAACAUCGCCCACCUGUGGCGAUUCUAUUCAUAG